CUGACCUGUCAACGGUAACACAGAUAACACAGCACCAUGGAUGAAGAUCCUCCAAACAGCACUUUUGUCAACGCAUCACAUGUCCAGGUUGCUCCCCACAGCCUUUGGGAGGCCCUGGCCAUCGGUACAGUGUCGGCCAUUGUCAGCUUGAUAACUAUUGUUGGCAACGUGCUGGUGUUGCUGUCCUUCAAAGUCAACAGCCAGCUGAAGACUGUAAACAACUACUACCUACUGAGUUUGGCUUUCGCUGACCUCAUCAUAGGAGUGUUGUCCAUGAACUUGUACACCACAUACAUCCUGAUGGGUUACUGGUCCUUGGGAAACCUCGCCUGUGAUCUCUGGCUGGCAGUGGAUUAUGUAGCCAGCAAUGCUUCAGUUAUGAACUUACUCGUCAUCAGCUUUGACAGGUACUUCUCCAUCACGAGGCCACUGACUUACAGGGCUAAAAGGACUCCAAAGAGAGCCGCCAUCAUGAUAGGCCUUGCAUGGUUGGUGUCUUUUGUCCUCUGGGCACCACCCAUUCUGUGCUGGCAGUACUUUGUAGGAGAGAGAGUGUCUCCUGACCAGUGCCAGAUCCAGUUUUUAACAGAGCCUGUGAUCACAUUUGGGACAGCGAUUGCUGCUUUCUACAUCCCCGUCUCUGUCAUGACUAUCCUUUACUGUAGGAUCUACAAGGAGACGCAGAAACGGACCAAAGAUCUGGCGGAGCUGCAAGGGCUCGCAACAGAAAAUGUUCUAGAGGGGACUAAACCACAGAAAACUAUCAUUCAUUCUUGCUUUCAUUUCACCAGAGAGAGGAGAGACCGGAGUCAGGCCUCCUGGUCUUCAUCGAACCAAAGUAAUGCCACUAAAACUACCACUAGAUCAGAUGAUGCAUGGGUGAAAGCAGAUCAGAUCACCUCCUUUAACAGCUACACCUCAUCUGAUGAGGAGGAGCAUCAUGUUUCAAUAGAUACCCCACAAGGAUCUUUCAAAGAGCAAAGCAGUGGACAAAGUAAUAAGAACGGGCAGAUGACUGAGUAUUUUUCCAGUCCUCAAAAGAAGAACAGUAAAAAGCACAUCUCUUAUAAGUUCAAACCUGGCUCAAAGGGUAAAAACGGCAAUCCUACGAUUGCACCACCCUGCCUGCCUGAAGCAGAGCAGCCCACCAAAAACGCCUCCCCUUCCUCCUCCACCACCUCCAAACCCAUGGACCCCGUCCUGAAGAACCAGAUCACCAAGAGGAAGAGGAAUGUGCUGGUGAAGGAAAAGAAGGCGGCUCAGACUCUCAGUGCCAUCCUCCUGGCCUUCAUCCUCACAUGGACGCCCUACAACAUCAUGGUGCUCAUCUCCACUUUCUGUGCCGAGUGUAUCCCUACGUCCCUGUGGCACCUGGGCUACUGGCUGUGCUACGUCAACAGCACCAUCAACCCCAUGUGUUACGCCCUCUGCAACAAGACCUUUCAGAAGACCUUCCGCAUGCUCCUGCUCUGCCAGUGGAGGAGGAGGAGGAGAGGCGAGGACAAGCUGUACUGGUGUGGACAAAACCAAAAUGUCAACAAUAAAAUGACUUGAUGUGGCAUUGCAGUAUUGGAGGCAACCUACUGCUUUUGCCCACAUGUGGAUUUUCUUGAUAUAUACUGUAGUCAGUGGUCAUCUUCAGCAUGAAGUGCUGCAUGUGAUUUUUUUGUUAAAGUACAAAAAAUGUUGGUGGAAAAUGAGC